UGGUGUGCCUUCUGCCGCGAUGUCUUCGACGGUGGAAAAAAACGAAUAUCCCAAAGCGUCCAAUGCGUUGGUACUGGGAGCAGUAUUAUCGUACGUCGCGGCAGUAUUUCUGCUAAUGAGCUUUUGCUCACCCUACUGGAUCGUGUCGUAUCCGGAGUCAUUUAGCAGCUUCAAAAACAUGGGCCUGUGGGAGUACUGCUUCCGUGACUUUACCUAUCCGUACUACCAAUUCCCGAAGCAAUUCAACGGUUGCCAUCACAUUUUCAGCGAGGAGUACUACGUCAUCAGGGAGUACCUGCUGCCGGGAUGGUUAAUGGUAGUGCAAGGGUUCGUCACCGUUUCCUUUCUGUUUACGUUCGGUUCGCUGAUCAUUAUGGCAUGCGAGAUCGUCAGAUGGCCACUGAAGUUUGUGCUGCGGUACGAAUGGUUGCUAAGCAGCAUUUCGUUCGCCGGGAUAGCAUCAUCAUCUUUCUUCAUGUUCUUAGCAGUGGCCGUCUUUGGAGGAAAUGCGUAUCGCCGUGAUUGGCUAAUGUACCCAAAGUUCAAUGUGCUUUCGUGGUCGUAUGAGCUGGCCGUGGUAUCCUUUAUGAUUCUGGCUCUUGCCGCUUUGCUUCUGUACAAAGAAUCGCGCAAAUCGUAUGAAAUGCGUCGUGAGGCAAAGAAUUUGGUCAUGCAGAUGCAGAUGCAUGAACCAGGAUACCAUCCAUCGCACCAUACUAGCCGAAGUCUACACAGUGGUGGUUAUAUCUAA